GGCCCCGGAGCCCCUCGGCGGCGCCACCAUGUACUCGGGAGCCGGCCCCGUGCUCGCGCCUCCUGCGCCGCCGCCGCCACCCAUCCAAGGAUAUGCCUUCAAGCCUCCACCUCGACCCGACUUCGGGACUUCCGGGAGAACAAUCAAGUUACAGGCCAACUUCUUUGAAAUGGACAUUCCAAAAAUUGACAUCUAUCAUUACGAAUUGGAUAUCAAGCCAGAGAAGUGCCCAAGAAGAGUUAACAGGGAAAUUGUGGAACAUAUGGUCCAGCACUUUAAAACACAGAUCUUUGGGGAUCGGAAACCAGUGUUUGAUGGAAGAAAGAAUCUCUACACAGCGAUGCCUCUCCCAAUCGGGAGGGAUAAGGUGGAGCUGGAGGUCACGCUGCCUGGAGAAGGGAAGGACCGCAUCUUCAAGGUGUCCAUCAAGUGGGUGUCCUGUGUGAGCUUACAGGCGUUACACGAUGCACUUUCGGGGCGGCUGCCCAGCGUCCCCUUUGAGACGAUCCAGGCCCUGGACGUGGUCAUGAGGCAUUUGCCAUCGAUGAGGUACACCCCCGUGGGCCGCUCCUUCUUCACGGCGUCCGAGGGCUGCUCCAACCCCCUGGGCGGGGGCCGGGAAGUGUGGUUUGGCUUCCAUCAGUCCGUCCGACCUUCUCUUUGGAAAAUGAUGUUGAACAUUGAUGUCUCAGCAACUGCGUUUUAUAAGGCACAGCCAGUAAUCGAGUUUGUUUGUGAAGUUUUGGAUUUUAAAAGUAUUGAAGAACAACAGAAACCUCUGACAGAUUCCCAAAGGGUAAAGUUUACCAAAGAAAUCAAAGGUCUGAAGGUGGAGAUCACGCACUGCGGGCAGAUGAAGAGGAAGUACCGCGUCUGCAACGUGACCCGGCGACCCGCCAGCCACCAAACAUUCCCGCUUCAGCAGGAGAGCGGGCAGACGGUGGAGUGCACGGUGGCCCAGUACUUCAAGGAUAGGCACAAGCUGGUUCUGCGCUACCCCCACCUCCCAUGUUUACAAGUCGGACAGGAGCAGAAACACACCUACCUUCCCCUCGAGGUCUGCAACAUAGUAGCAGGACAGAGAUGUAUCAAAAAGCUGACCGACAAUCAGACCUCAACCAUGAUCAGAGCUACUGCAAGGUCAGCGCCAGAUCGGCAAGAAGAGAUUAGCAAGCUGAUGCGAAGUGCAAGUUUUAAUACAGAUCCGUAUGUUCGUGAAUUUGGAAUCAUGGUCAAAGACGAGAUGACAGAUGUGACUGGCCGGGUCCUCCAGCCGCCCUCCAUCCUCUACGGGGGCAGGAAUAAAGCGAUCGCCACCCCUGUCCAGGGCGUCUGGGACAUGAGGAACAAGCAGUUUCACACGGGCAUUGAGAUCAAGGUGUGGGCCAUUGCCUGCUUCGCUCCCCAGCGCCAGUGCACGGAGGUCCACCUGAAAUCCUUCACGGAGCAGCUCAGAAAGAUCUCGCGGGACGCCGGGAUGCCGAUCCAGGGCCAGCCGUGCUUCUGCAAAUACGCCCAGGGGGCGGACAGCGUGGAGCCCAUGUUCAGGCAUCUGAAGAACACGUACGCUGGCCUCCAGCUGGUGGUGGUCAUCCUGCCUGGCAAAACCCCCGUUUACGCCGAGGUCAAGCGCGUGGGAGACACAGUGCUGGGGAUGGCCACGCAGUGUGUGCAGAUGAAGAACGUGCAGCGGACCACACCGCAGACCCUGUCCAACCUCUGCUUGAAGAUCAACGUCAAACUAGGAGGCGUGAACAACAUCCUGCUGCCCCAGGGGAGGCCGCCUGUGUUCCAGCAGCCCGUCAUCUUUCUGGGGGCUGAUGUCACCCACCCGCCCGCUGGGGACGGGAAGAAGCCUUCCAUCGCCGCCGUGGUGGGCAGCAUGGACGCGCACCCCAACCGCUACUGCGCCACCGUGCGGGUCCAGCAGCACCGGCAGGAGAUCAUCCAGGACCUGGCCACCAUGGUCCGCGAGCUCCUCAUCCAGUUCUACAAGUCCACGCGCUUCAAGCCGACCCGCAUCAUCUUCUACCGCGACGGCGUCUCGGAGGGGCAGUUUCAGCAGGUUCUCCACCAUGAGUUACUGGCCAUCCGCGAGGCGUGUAUUAAGCUGGAAAAGGACUACCAGCCAGGGAUCACGUUCAUAGUGGUACAGAAGAGGCACCACACUCGGCUUUUCUGCACCGACAAGAACGAGAGGGUUGGGAAAAGUGGAAACAUUCCAGCAGGCACAACCGUGGACACGAAAAUCACCCACCCGACCGAGUUUGACUUCUACCUGUGUAGUCAUGCCGGCAUCCAGGGAACAAGCAGGCCUUCCCACUAUCACGUGCUUUGGGAUGACAAUCGUUUCUCUUCCGACGAGCUGCAGAUCCUCACCUACCAGCUGUGUCACACCUACGUGCGCUGCACGCGCUCCGUUUCCAUCCCGGCGCCGGCCUACUACGCCCACCUGGUGGCCUUCCGUGCCAGGUACCACCUGGUGGACAAAGAGCAUGACAGUGCUGAAGGAAGCCAUACCUCCGGGCAGAGCAACGGGCGAGACCACCAAGCCUUGGCAAAGGCCGUCCAGGUUCAUCAGGACACGCUGCGCACCAUGUACUUUGCUUGACGCGUCGCAGUGUUUACGAUGGUGUACGGACUUGGAUCCACGUGAGACCAGCUACACUCAGACCAACGGACGCCCAGCCCUUCCGUGACAGCCAGCAUCGAACAUGAGACGUCAUUGAUUUUAGUAGAUUCUCCAUUUUCCAGAAUGCCUUCCGUCCCGGAUUUCAGACUUGGAUUUUGAACUGCAGACCUGUAUGAGACCCCAUUGUCGUAGGAAAUAUGGUUUGCCAAAAUCUAUAAGCUGCUUAUUAAAAUAGAGUCCCGUGUUUCCUAAAAAUCUCCUAAAACCAGUCUAUGAACUCAGGGCUUUAAAACAUUUUUAAUUUAUUUGGUCAUUCAACUUACUUGUUUUUAACACAUGAUUCUCUAUGAAAUUGAUGGGCUCGAACUAGCUGUGAACGUUCUCAGAGAGUGGAAGCAACACAGAGCACGGCAGUGGUUUUAAAGCCUUGAGCGUUGUGAGGAGGUCGCUGGCGUGGACGCCGGAGUGACCCUCGUGUGCUCCUGACAGGGCUCUCACACAAGCUCUUCGGGGCCGAGGGCAGGUGGCCCACCGAGGCGCCCACGGGUGUCUCGCUCUGUCACCACCCGCCUCCCACUCAGCUUGAAAUAAGGAGCGGGGGCAGAAGACGGGCCACGUGUGUUUACAACAUUUAUAGGUCCAGAGAGAUUGGCAGACAAGUGCCAUUUUAAUAAAAAUUUAUUUAAAAAAAAAAAAAAAAGAAAAAAGACAAUAUGCCGACAGUCUAAUCAUAAGAUUUGUCCUAUAGGACUGUGACAUUUAUUUUCCAAAGUUUCUAAAGAAUACGGGUCUGUGGUGAUAAAUACAGUACAAUCCUUUUUCACUGUUAUGUCUUUAAUGUAAGAGAAAAAUAUAUAUAUCUGGUUUGCAGUA